GGCAGCGGUGGUGGUGUGUGUUUGUCAGUAUGCCAUGUCGUCCCUUGGAGCGUCGUUCGUGCAGAUCCAGCAUGAGGACCUGCGCUUCCAUGAGAACUGUGGCGGAGGAAGCUUCGGCAGUGUUUACAGAGCCCACUGGAUAUCUCAGGACAAGGAGGUGGCCGUGAAAAAACUACUGCAGAUCGAGACAGAGGCUGAGAUUCUGAGUGUCCUCAGCCAUAAGAACAUCAUUCAGUUCUAUGGAGCUGUUCUGGAAGCCCCAAACUACGGCAUUGUCACAGAGUAUGCCAGUGGGGGUUCCCUGUAUGAGUACCUAUCCAGUGAGCAGAGUGAGGAGAUGGACAUGGAGCAGAUCAUGACCUGGGCCAUGCACAUUGCCAAAGGAAUACAUUACCUCCAUGCAGAAGCUCCUGUCAAAGUCAUUCACAGAGACCUCAAGUCACGCAACGUGGUGGUGACAGCAGACAAAGUGCUAAAGAUCUGUGACUUUGGAGCGUCUAAGUUCCUGUCCCACACCACUCACAUGACCGUGGUCGGCACCUUCCCCUGGAUGGCCCCUGAGGUCAUCCAGAGUCUCCCUGUCUCCGAGACCUGUGACACCUACUCCUAUGGCGUGGUGCUGUGGGAGAUGCUGACUCGAGAGGUCCCAUUCAAAGGUUUUGAAGGACUGCAGGUAGCCUGGCUGGUGGUGGAGAAACAAGAGAGACUGACCAUUCCCAGCAGCUGUCCAGCCAGCUUUGCAGACCUCAUGAAGAAAUGCUGGCAGGCUGAGCCUAAGGAGCGCCCAAUGUUUAAGCAGGUUCUGGGAACCCUGGAGACCAUGUCUAAUGACAGCCGGCUGCCAGACCAGUGUAACUCCUUCCUACAUAACAAGGAAAAGUGGAGGUGUGAGAUUGAGUCGACCCUGGAGAGGCUGCGUACGCUGGAGAGAGACCUGAGCUCCAAGGAGAAGGAGCUGGAGGAGAGAGAGCAGAGACUGCGCCUGUGGGAGGAGAGACUCAUGGAGAGGUCCAAUGUCACUCCUUUCUUCCCCCCCAUACCGGUGCUGCCUCGGGGCCUGGGGUCCGAGUCGUUCUUCAGAUCCCAGUCCCAGGAGUCCAACUGUGCCACGGCAGGCCUGAGCUGCCUCAUCAGGACCCUGAGCAACGGAGACAGGGAGAGGACCUUCGACGGGGGGACCGAGAGGGGCACGGGGAGCCUGGAGGGGGGCCAGCUGCAGGCCAUGCUCAGGGGGUUCCAGGGAGUGCUGGGGGAGGUGGAGGGCGAGGGGGGGCUGCAGGAGAAGAGCAUGGAGGGGGGGAGGGUUCAGGUGGUGCUGAGGGGCUUUCCUGGAGGACUAGUCGAUAGGGAGGAGAGGGGAUGGGGGGAGAGAGAGAGGGGCGGAGGGCUGGAGAGGAGUGGGAGGCUGACCACGAUGCUCCGGGGCUUUCAGGGCGGGUUUGGAGGAGAGCAAGAGAAGGAAAGGGAGGGAGGAUGGGGGGAAGUGGAGAUAGUGGAGCAGAGGCAGGAGGAGAGAGGGGUGGAGGGAGGGAGGCUCCAGACCAUGCUGAAGGGCUUUCCGGGGGGGAUGGGACGGCUGGAAGACAUGCUGUCUCUGGACAUGGAGGAUAUGGGGGAAAUGGAGGGGCUAAAAGACAUGGACAUCAACAUGAAUCUGGGGGAGCUGGUAGGAGUCAGAGGUCAGGGGGUCAGAGGUCAGCGCAGCGACCUGGGGGUGAGCCAGAAGAUCAGGGGGGAGAUAGGGGUCAUAGGUCACUCGGGGGUGCAGGUGAGCAUGCGGUCCUCAUCCAAUCAGAACUCGUCUACAAGCUGCAGUGUUCGACAGGGAAGUAAAAUCAACAUGGCCGCCACUGCUAUGGACAUGAUAGAGCUGGGAUGGUCUGAUGACAGCGACUAGGAUAUCUUGACAAACACACACACACACACACACACACACACUGAUUGGGCAAGAUUUGGGACACAAAAAGCUGGGUAUUUACAAACACUUGUUUUUUGUUCAGCCAUACCUUUUAUAUCAUUGCAAAAUGUAUAAAGAUCCUUAUGUGUCAAGUUGUAGGCAAUUAUACUAAUGUAUUAUGGGAAGUGUGGUUCUGACCGCUGGUUUUCUGGUCAUUGUAGUCCCAGUGACUAGCCUUUAAUAAGGUGUACCUGCUGUGCCAAUGUAACUAAUAGACACAGAUGCCAGUGUCACAUAGGUUGUAUAGCACUUGAAGCUCGAGAGAGGUGCUUCCUCCUGCUUUUAGAUCAUUUAGACUUUUGAUUUGUCCCCAACACUAAGCUUUGACUUUGUCCAUUCUUACUGUGAUCAAACGUGUGAAAUUGUCCUUGCAGUUUUCUCUGUAUAUUGUUUCAUUUUUCAAUAAAAGGAAAGACAAAGA